GCUUCCGACGCCUCGUCCAUUGACUCCAUCACAACUUCAAGGAUGGAGUAGACUCUCUUUUUAGAGGCUGCUACACAGUGGACGGAAACCACAUCACUUGUCCUCCUCUUUAGCUUGGGGGGAAAACAUCAAAUUCUCUAUCUGGCGCCUCAAAGCUAUAUCAGUCCCCAAGGUCGCCUGUCGUAAGUUUUAUGGUCUAGACCUGGGACUGCAGCAAGGGUAAUACCAAAUACCAAUUGCACGAAAUUCUUGUCGCCGAAAGUUAUUCAUACAUGAUGAACGGCUUCGCCGACCGGGACCUGGACGAGUCUAACUUUGGCGUCUCUCAAUCGUCCAACCCCAAAGACGUGCUUCGAACAUUCGACGCAUUCCCCAAAACAAAAGCCACCUAUACAACACGAUCGUCACGCGGAGGUCAAUGGACCAUAGUUCUGCUCGUUAUUGUGGCCCUGCUCUCUCUGUCUGAAACCCGGCGAUGGUAUGCCGGCCACGAGACACAUCAGUUUAGCGUCGAAAAGGGGGUCUCACACGGCCUCCAGAUCAACCUGGACAUGGUUGUCGCAAUGCGCUGCCAAGACUUGCACGUCAAUGUCCAGGAUGCCUCGGGUGAUCAUAUUCUCGCGGGAGAGCGGGUGCGCAGAGACCCGACCAAUUGGUCACAAUGGGUCGACGCCAAGGGCGUUCACAGACUAGGCCGCGGCCGGCGACGCAGACGGGAGCGCGGAGGUCCUGGUAUGAGCGGGAGCAGCAAUAGCUAUGGUGACAGCGGUGAUGCAGCGGGACAGAAUGCCAUGGACCCUUUGAAGCCGGAAGAGCUCGACGAUGAGCACGUAGGCGACGUCAUGGGCCGCGCGCACUGGAAGAAGAAGUUCCCCCGAACGCCCCGCCUCAAAGGCGAGCCUACCGCGUGCAGAAUCUACGGAAGUAUAGAGGGGAAUAAAGUCCAGGGAGACUUUCACAUUACCGCCCGAGGACACGGUUAUAUUGAGUAUGGCACAGAGCAUCUCGAUCACAAGUCAUUCAACUUCAGCCACAUCACCAACGAACUCUCAUUCGGACCAUACUAUCCUUCUCUCGUCAACCCUCUGGACUCGACUCUUGCGACGACCGACUCUCACUUUUACAAAUUCCAAUACUAUCUCUCCGUCGUGCCAACCAUAUACACGCGGUCGUUGAAGAAACUCGCCAAACUGGAAUCCCAACUGGCGCAACAAUUCCACAAAGCCCAAGCUCAACUGUCCUCUUCAUCCUCUUCGUCUUCCUCAUUCUUCAAGUCGUCGUCGUCGUCCCAGCAGCAACAGCCCAUCUUGCAACCCCGCACGCUCGCGGAUCUUCCUGCGUCCUACAAGACCCGCGACGUCGUCAUGACGAACCAGUACGCCGUGACCGAGCAGUCCCUUCUUGUCGGCGAGCGUUCUGUGCCCGGCAUCUUUUUCAAAUUCGACAUUGAACCCAUCCUCCUCACCAUUGCCGAGGAGCGAGGCAGCAUGCUCGCCCUCCUCGUCAGACUGGUCAAUGUCAUCAGCGGCGUCCUCGUCGCAGGCGGCUGGUGCUACCAGCUCGGUGGCUGGGCCAUCGAUGUGCUUGGCGGCAAAAGAUUCAAGAGAAAAUGGCUCGGCGCAGGCACACGGCGAGAGAGCGAGGGUGUCUUGCACGGCAAGAUGGAAGCGGAUGAAGAGUAAGAGACGGCUUCAGUCGGCUUUUCUUUUCUUUAAACGAUUCAUUUUUAUUCCUAUUUGCUUUCUCCUUUUGGCGUUUGGAAACAUGUUUUUACAGUUGAAAAAUUCUCUGCCAUAUGGGUCUGCUAGCAUAUCUGGCGAAAUUCCCCCUUUUUCUUUGCUCUUAACCACGUUGGUUCUCUUCGCCUCAGGUAUCAAUUAUCAACCAUCAACCACGGAUGACACAUCCCUCAUCUCACCAGCCAGAUGUAUAUACUCUAUUCAUCCAAUACCAACCAAUAAAUACCC